AUGCAACUGCAGUCAAAGGCUACCAAGGGAAAAGAAGAUCAAUGGGAACGUCACUUACAAGAGUCAGUCAGGGCUUACAACAUCACGCCUCACGCGACAACUAAUCAAACCCCUACCAAAGUAAUGUUUGGAUUACCUCCCUGCCUAAACGCCGACGAUCAGUUUCAGGUACCGGACUUAACUCCAGAAAAGCAACCACAGUGGCCAACCGCAGAAAGCACAAAAGCCAGGGAAGAAGUCACCAACCAGGCAAACAAGCAGAGAAAUCGACACUUCCGGCCUGGGGAAAUGGUGGCAAUUUGCCCACGUCUCCCAACAGUGAACACUCACGCGGCAAAUCGGCGGUUUCGUGUUCAGAAGUUGGGUCCUUAUAUGGUACUUUCUUAUCAAGGCAACAGCGAGUAUCGCAUCGGCGCGGGUCCAGAUAUUAUUAGAGCCAACGCAUGGGAAAUGAUUCCGUAUCGCAGACUCCCGCGAGAACCGGCGACUUCUUAUCGUACCUUGAGCCAAAUAAUGGAACUGGAGCAAACACCAAAAAUAGCUCCGCCGGACCAUAUUUACGCAAAAGACCCGGGUCUGCGCCCGCCUGAUAUACAUUCAUCACUGAUAGCCGCUGCGGCUUCCGGUGCAGUUCAGCUAACAGAAUCAAAUAUUGAUGCGAUUUUAGCCUCCAAUGACAUUGUCUUCAUCAACUUUUACGCUGACUGGUGCCGCUUCAGCAAUAUGCUGGAGCCGGUUUGGAACGAAGCUGCUGAUAAACUGGUGGCAGAUCUCGAACCAGGAGCGAAAGCUGUGAUGGGUAGAGUUGACUGCGACAAGGAAGGCAAUGUCGCAAGACGUUACCAUAUAUCGAAAUACCCGACCCUGAAAUUGAUAAAGUUUGGACAGCUCGCGAAACGUGAAUAUCGAGGUCAGCGUUCAGCGGAAGCUUUCGUGUCUUUUGUGAAGGAGCAGAUACGAAACCCCAUAGCACAGUUCAAGAAUCUCGACGAGUUGAAGGAAAUCGAGAAAAAGAAGCGGCACAUCAUCGGAUAUUAUGAAUCCGACUCCAGUCCAGCCUACAUGGAAUUCAAGAAACUCGGAAUGCACCUGAAGGACGAUUGCGACUUUCUCGUCACUUUUGAACCGGUUCCAGUCCGACCGUUGUCUGGGAAUCUGUUGACUUUCCGACCGCCUCAUUCGGACGGCGAAAAGGACGAAGUGUUUGCCGAAGAUUACACAGAUUUCCAAGGAAUGCUCAAGUGGGCCACAGCUCGAUGCAUUCCCCUGGUGCGCGAGAUUACCUUCGAAAACGCAGAGGAAUUGACAGAGGAGGGAUUGCCGUUCCUCAUCCUUUUUCAUCACCCCGAUGACGAGAAGUCUGUGGCGUUGUACAACGAUAUCGUUCUAAAAGAACUCUUGGACGAAAAAGAGGCCAUCAAUUUUCUAACUGCGGAUGGUUUGAAGUUCAAACACCCGUUGCACCACUUGGGAAAGACGGAAUCGGAUCUGCCGCUGAUUGCAAUCGACAGUUUUCGACACAUGUACUUGUUCCCAGAUGCGUCGAAACUGGGUGUGCCGGGUGCAGUGAAGACAUUCUUGUCUGAUUUGCACUCUGGGAAACUGCAUAGAGAGUUUCAUUAUGGACCAGAUCCAGUUACUGACUCUAAUUUACUGGAAGUUGCCGGAAACAACCAGGAUGCUCAAAAGAAAGUGCCUACUAGUCCACCGGAGUCGACUUUUAAAAAGUUGGCUCCUUCUAAGAAUAGGAGUAAACACAAAAUCGGUUACAACGAAGUUGUUGGAACUGGGGAUGAGUACCUGUACACCGCUGUAAAUAUGGAAGCAGGUGUUGAGUGUGAGGAAGGACCCCCAGAGAGGAUCGUCAUGACACCGAGAGGGAAAACCUCUCAUUCGACGGUCAUCAUGAUGGAAAGGACAAGGUUAUCGGACGCAGAAAUCUCGUCUUCCGGGGCCCACGUUGGAGGCGGCGAUAAUCAAGGAUUAAUAAUCAAAAAGAAGGCUCCUGAAGAAUUCGUCGACAUGCCGCUACCCGCCUUGACUCUAGAAUUCUGUGUGUUCCUUGUGAAUCAAAAUACCCAAAAGCACACGCAAGAGAGUAGAACGCUUCGAUUCUGGUUCAGGGAAGGAGUCGGUGAACAUGAUCAGCAACGUUGUGCCCAGUCCUUCUUCACCGAUUUGGUCAAUCCAGCUGACUUUCCCAGAGCGGACCUUUCAAUGGACGAAUCUGGCUACGAAGCGCGCGCCUUGAGUGAACAAAAAGUCCUGGAAAUGAUCGAAUCGUCGUAUCCGAAUCCAAUUUCCGCCAAAGACAUGGCCACCCAAACACAUUCGACGAUCUCUGCUGUGGAAGACUUCGUGGACGCGUUGUCGUCUCGAGGUCUGGUUCGUCCUGUCGGGCCGGAAGGAGCGGGUUUGUACACCCGAGUGACCCAAGACGACUCGGAUGUCCAGGUUGUUCGUCAAAUGCCGACUAUUGCCUCCACUGCUCAGCCGACCAUCGCCAUCAUCACUGCGAACUACUGCGAAAAGCUGGCUGUCGACUCCAUGAUUGAGAACAAGCAAACUUACGUCCGCUACAACACCGUCGGCGAAAGCAAUGUGUACACAUUGGGAAAUAUCGGUGUUCAUCGAGUGGUUUGUACGAAACUACCGACUGUCGGUCAUACCAGAAAUGCCAUGAUUGCCGCUGGAAACACGACGACGAGACUUCUCGGCACAUUCCAACAAGUUGAAUUCGUUUUUCUCUGUGGUGUCGCUGGUGGAGUGCCGCAUUACACCGAUGGAAACGCCCACGUGCGUCUAGGCGAUGUUGUGGUGUCUGGACUGAAGCAAGAUGGCAUUGCCCCGGAUGGCAGGAAUAAACGAGGAGUUUACGUUUAUUUGGACGCGAAGAACAAGAAGAGGCGCGAUGAAGAAGCCGAUGAGGUGCAGCUAAGCUUGGACGAGUUGGUGGCUGAGUUUGAAGCCAAGUCGUGGCAGCCGCCGAGUUUGGAGUUGCAAGAACUGUGCCGCAAACUCAAGGAACACUGGGAAGCUGGUGGCCAAGCACCUUGGUUGAAAUACCUGGAGCAAGGGGAGCAGAAUUGGCUCAAGACUGCGCAGGACACUGACGUUGAAAUUUCUACUGACAUCGAUGCUGUUUGUGAAAAGAAAACCCUGAGACCGCCUGCUCACACUGACAGGCUCUAUAUGUCCAUUGGGCAAAUGGACGUGAUCGAGGUCCAACAUCCGGCUUUGCCUGAUCCAAAAUUUGAAGGAAUUCCGCGUAUUCAUAUUGGGACUGUGGGCUGUGGUCGGGAAGUGAUCAAUGGAGGUUCUCAGUUGAGGCGUGAAAUAGCGUCGAGACAUGGGAUCCGUGCGUUUGAUUCCGAAUUUGAUCAAGUUUUGGAAAGUAUUGUCGGAAAUCGCAAGGACUGUUGGGUGGCGAUCCGAGGCAUUGCUGACUACAGAGAUGGCACUCGAGGCAAAGAAUGGCAGCCGUAUGCAGCCCUGGCUGCUGCAGCCUUCAUGAAGACACUGGUUUGCACCAUGGACGUGGCCAGGCACUAUACCAAGGAUCAGAAUGGCUUGAUCGAGGUUCAGAAUAAGCUGGCUUUUGUGAUGAGAAGUUGUGCGAUGGUCGCCAAACAAGCAUGGCAUAGUUUCAAAUGCUCCAAAGCAGAACUGAAUCUUGCUGUGACUUUGAAGUGCGGCCAAAGUUUCAGAUGGAAACAAUCCGACGAUGUUUGGAUCGGUGUGGUGGGGCAGGAAUUGUGGAAAUUGCGUCAAGACGAGGAGAGUAUUUCGUUCCAAGUUCUUUUUGCUGAGGAUGAAAAGCAUCAGGAGAUGCGUGUGAAAGACUAUUUUAGGAUGGAUUUCAAUCUCGUUGAAGCGUAUUGCGAUUGGGGAGGAAAGGAUGUGAAUUUCGGGGCUGUGUGCAAACAAUUUCCUGGUGUUCGAAUGCUGAGACAAGAUCCUGUGGAGAAUGUCUUCAGUUUCAUUUGUUCCUCCAAUAACAACAUUGAAAGGAUUUCCCAAAUGGUGGAAAAGCUGUGCGUAAACUAUGGUGACCCACUUCGCGACUCUGAUGGUGAAAUCUACUACACAUUUCCUACAAUUGAAGCAUUGUGUAAGCCAGGAGUUGAAAGCAAACUCCGAACCCUGGGUUUUGGGUACCGAGCGGGUUACAUUGCCAAGUCAGCUGACAAAAUAGUCACAAAGGGGGGCCGGGAUUGGCUGCUUUCCUUGCGGAAAUUGGAUUACCAGGAAGCUCACAAGUCUCUGCUGGAGCUGACUGGAGUUGGGGCCAAAGUCGCGGAUUGCAUUUGCCUCAUGUCCCUGGACCAUCUGGAGGCGGUCCCGGUAGACACUCAUGUUUUCCAGAUUGCCGCCAGGGAUUAUCUCCCGGAACUCCGCGGCACCAAAACCGUCACUAGUCGGAUCUACAGCCUUAUUGGCGACCACUUCCGGGAUCUCUAUGGGCUACAAGCCGGAUGGGCUCAUUCGGUGCUUUUCUCUGCGGAUCUCAGGAGAUUUGCGGACCUGAAAUCGGCGGAGGUCUGUGCUUUGGUGCCAGUAGUGUUUCUGGUCACCUUUGACAGCGCCUUGACCAUGGUCUACAAAUGUGGACUGAGUGCAGAUGAACCAACUUACACUCAGAAACUCCCUGUUGCAUUUCCUUAUAGCUUGGAGACGAGUUUUGCAUUAAUCAGGCCUUGCGGUUGUGACCUGCCUGACCCGGGUUUUGCGGGUUUGGCAAUUGUGACAGUUGGCUGCUUUUCAAUGCUUUGGCUUAUGACUUUCUUCACUGUCGACUGGCUGGAAUUCGCCUUUGGAUCCAGGCCUCCUUUCAGAUUUUUCAGAUUCGUAGUUUGUUUAUUCGUAAUGAUGGGCUGGCUGGGCGGCACAGUGAUUUGGGGUGUUGGCAUGUGGUACAUCACCUCAGUUGGUGUCAGUGGGUUUCAAGCGACAUCUACAUGCACAGGACGACUUUACGUGCUUGAGGCAGGUUCUGACAAGAGUUUUGUGCCCCUCUAUCUUGCACUGGUGACAGCAACAGUGAAUUUCAUCAUUUGGGCCAAGAAAUCCUGGAUCGCAUUUGACGAGUCCCUGAGGUCAAUCACUGACCAGGUCAGAUUCGAAAUUGCUGCUGAGGAAGAAGCAAGAAAACAUUUCAGAAACAAAUUCUAAUCAUCAUACAGCACCUGACCUCAAAAACUCUCAAUUUUUUUUUUUUACCAUCUUGUGUGUAUUUUUUGUUGUUGCAUGUGCUGAAAAGCUAGUACGCGAACCACCAGUGAUUUGAUUCUUUUGCUGAUGAACUGCUGUGACUUUUGUAAAUGUGCCUGAUAAAUAUGAUUUGGGACGAA